CAUUGCCUUGCAUACCUUUCUAUUUCAUUUCCAAACAAUUCUUGUGAAAAAACACACAAAGAAAACCUCGAGCCAUCUGUUCAAUUCAAAAAAUCAAAAAUUUGUUCAAUUGCUUCUGCUAGCCUUUUUUUUUUUUUUUUUGUACAAGAUCAUCAUAGUUACACGAUGAAUCAAUUUCCUCAGCCCACCAGACCCAUUAACAGCUACAAUUUCGUUCCUGUUAACAUGGAUUGUAACUUGGAUUCUACGGAAGAAAUGUUUCAGUUCCAGAGUUUGGACACUUCCAUCCCUCAAUCUACCGCAAGGGCAACUGAAGAAGAAGAGAAACAGGCCAUUGAAGACCUUCUGAGAAUUGUCUCUGAGUGGCAUGAAAAGCUUCCGGAGAGCAUAAAGGGCACCAUAAAUUUGGAAGAGUUGAAUACCGCUACCCGCGGCGUUAAAGGAGGAGUUCAGGAAAUUGUGCAUAACUUUGAACGAUUCAGAGAAAUGACUGCAAGUUGGAAUUCCUCGCGCGGUCUAGACGGACCUGAGGAAGAAUUGGUAGAGGGGCUUGAGCGGUUCAAAAUACGGACGGUGAAUUUGGGAGGAGUUGUUAAGGAAGAAGAAGAGAAACGAUGACAGCAAGCUUAACUUUUGAUCGUUGACAAGUCAAACAUUUGGAUAUAUUUGAUUCCAUCCAUUCUUUUGUUAUUUCAAAUUCUUUUUUUUCAUUUGAUAUAGGAAACUGAAAAUAAAGAAUUUCAGUUUCUCCCCAGUUUGAUCAAGCUGGGGACUCUAUUGACAAUUAUCAACUUUCUUUAGCUAUUUCUUUUAACAUUAGAUUAUGUUUGGUUUUAGGAAACACACAUGAGGAGAGGGGAGGCAUAUUUUUUAUAUAAAUUAUAAUAUUAACAAUGUUAUAAUUUAAUUAGUUAAAAAAAUUAUUUUUUAUUU